GAGACCCCUGGGGCUGCAGCUCCCCUCAUGGCCCAGAGCCUCCUCCAGCAGGGAGGUCCUGGCUCGGUGGAGCCUUUAUCACAGCACCUGCACCAGGAUCAAGGCACAGGGAGCCCCAGGCAUGCGCAGGGAGGUGGGUGGAGGGGCCUUGAGAUAAGGCAGCAGACACAACACAGUGGCGUGGGGCGGGGGGACCCCCUUCCCAGCCCUCUUAAAUGGCGUGGGUGCGUUGGGCAGCACUGCAGCCAUGGAGAGAACCACGGUGCUGAUCACGGGCUGCUCCUCAGGCAUCGGCCUGGGGCUGGCUGCACGCCUGGCAGCCGACCCCGCUCGCCGCUUCAAAGGUAAAGGGGAUUGGUAAAGGGGUCUCCGGGCUGGGCCAGGCUCCUCACCAAGGAGAGACAGAGCCUGGGGUGGGCUGGGCUGGGUGCUGGCCCUGCAGCUCGGUGCCACUGCUGCCCACGGCCACGCUCUCUCCCCAGUUUAUGCCACCAUGCGUGACCUGGCCAAGGGUGAGCGGCUGCUGGAGCGCCUGGGGGGCUGCUGCCCCGACACGCUGGAGCUCCUGCAGCUGGAUGUCACUGACCCCUGCUCGCUGGCAGCUGCUGCACAGCGGGUGCAGGGACAGCGGCUGGAUGUGCUGGUCUGCAAUGCAGGGGUGGGACUGAUGGGACCGCUGGAGACCUGCUCCGACCAGGCCAUGAAAACUCUCUUCGAUGUGAACCUCUUUGGGGCUGUCCGCACCAUCCAGGCGUUCCUGCCAGCCAUGAAGAGCCGCAGGGCCGGGCGGAUCAUAGUCUCCAGCAGCAUCGGGGGGCUGCAAGGGCUGCCCUUCAACGCUGUGUACUGUGCCAGCAAGUUUGCAGUGGAGGGGCUGUGCGAGAGUCUGGCCAUCGUCCUGCGCCCCUUCAACAUCCACCUGACGCUGGUGGAGUGCGGGCCCGUCCACACCAGCUUCCUGGCCAACCUGCAGCGCCCCGACCCUGAGGGCAGCGAGAUGCGGGGCUUGGACGCCGAGACACAGGGGCUGUACCGCCGGUACCUGGGGCACUGUCAGAGCAUCUUCCGCGACACGGCCCAGGAGGUGGAGGAGGUGCUGCCGGUGUUCCUGGAGGCCAUCGGCAGCCCCUGCCCACCCCUUCGCUGCGCCAGCACCCAGCUCCUCGCCCCGCUCUGGCGCCUGCGGCUGAGCAGCCCCGACGGCUCCGAGUACGUCCGCGCCAUGCACGACUUCGUGUUCGGCAGCAGCGAGACCGGCGGGGACCAGCCCUGAGCAAAGCCACCGCAACACCGGGACCGCGGGCCCGUUCGCGCGCUCGGUGCCGCCGUGUCCCCAAUAAAGCCCUUUGCAGCCGCA